CGAACGUCCUGUUUCGAAUAUAAUGUUUGUUACACGUUUACUUCAUUUAGAUAAGAUAAAUGCAAGUUCCGUUGCUAGCUGAUGAACCUUUGCAGAGAGAUAGGUGAGUGUCUUGUCUUGAUCUAGUGUAUGGUUCUUAGAAAAUCAACCGAUGCGAGCUGGGGUGGCAUCUUCAACAGUCUUACCUGGUUUUGAUAUCUAUCAUAGGAAUAAUGAGACGAAAUUCUUUAGGUGUUGUGAUGUACUCUCAACACUACAAAUUGAAAGGAAGCGUGUUGACAAAGCUAAAAAGUGCUCAAAAUGACAUUACAUGGAGAUAUUAAUUUACUUUAGCCAAGGUUUCAGAACAAAUGUUUACAGUUACUCUUGUGUACGAGUGACAAGAAGCUAUUUUUCGCGGGUUGAUGUGAUAAAACGCUGCGGUGUGUUUCUUUUUAAGAAUAUCUAUGCCACAAAAAACGUAUUGGUUACAAACACCACAAUAUUAACCUAAUGGUCUUGAAUGGUAUAAACUUUAAAGCAUUCCACCAUGGAGAGAAGUGCAAACAAAGCAGCCAAACAAGACGGCGUCACUUCACCUGCUGAGGAAACCGUUCAGUUUGACGAUGACAAUUUAAGAGGUGAGAAAUGAAUAUAUCAUAUACUUUCUGUAAUAAAAUAUCAAUGGCGGAGCAAUUUUACUCGGUUAGUUACAAAUAUGUAUAAGCCUUUAUCCCUCUGUCAGGUGCACGGCUUUUAAAAAUAUUCUUAUCAGUCAAACCCUUGACUGAUACGCAUUUGUGUGAAACUCAUAGAAAGUUUUCUAAUUUGGUUUAUCGAAGCAGUUGUAGAAUAACAGCCACUAUCAUUUCAACAUUGAAGUCAAAAAUCAUUUCAUUUCCUUUGUUGUAGCAAUUGCAGAGGUUUACAAGAAUGAGGGUAACGAUGAAUACAGCAAGAAGAAUUUCAACAGCGCCAUUCACUUCUACACUGAAGGAAUCAAAGUGAACUGCAAGGAUGAAGAUCUUAACGCCAAACUGUACAGCAACAGAGCGACAGCACAUUUUAAUUUGGGUAAGAGUUGUUAUAUAUUAGCUUUUAAAUAUCGCCAAACUGUACAGCAACAGAGCGACAGCACAUUUUAAUUUGAGUAAUGAGAAAUAUCUUAUAUCUUAUCUUUGGUCUAUUGAACUGAUCGGCAACAAUGAAUGGACUGCACACAGAAACUUACUAACGAGUGCAGUAGUUGUUACGUAAGUACGUUGUAAGCUAUCGUAACCUCUCCCCUUGUUCUGUUAUACCUAUCUGAGCUGUUAAAUAGUGUGUUCUGUUUUUCAUUUUCAUAGGCAAUUACUCUGAAACAGUGAAAGAUGCUAAAGCUACCAUUGAAUUGCAGCCACGCUUUCUGAAAGCUUUUGUGAGAGGUAAGAGUUCCAAUUCGACCAGGAAUCAGGUAGACGAAGAAUCACUUAGUGGAUGUGCUACCUCUAAAUCGUUAUUCAUUUAUUUUAUUUUAUGUUUUCUUUUUUUAUUUAUUUUUUCAUUUAUUUAAGAGUUACAGUUGUGUGUUUAUACGGAACGAGAAAGCGACUGAUCCAAACCUUGAGGCCAUGUUAGCCUGCGAGCAAGCUGUCCUAUUGGGGCAAACGAAGCGAACCUCGCGAGAACGCGCGAGCGAGGGGCUGCCCCUCGCAGCUUCGCCACUCGCUCGCGCGUUCUCGCGAGACUUGUUUUUCACUCGCCCAAAUAGGAGAGCUUGCUCGCAGGCUAAGGCCAUGUGGGUUUGCACAGCAUAACAUUUUCGCGCUGUGAUGUAAUAUUUUUAAAUAAUGAUUAUCUACGGACGAGUUGCUUCUUCAAUCUGCAAUUUAACGAUUUUUCGGAAUUAUGAUGCCACAAUGAAAACUACACGCAUUUAACUAUUCAGAUCCAGGGUUUUCGGGAAAGAGAAACUAAAUAUAUAUUGAAAGGUCCCCUAUCCGUGCUUCUCCGAUUUUUUCUGAGGGGAGAGGGCGGCUGUACAUAGGCUAUUAGAAACUGUGACUUGUUAAAUUAAUCUACGAAUGAAGAGUCAAUGCGGAAGGUCGGUUGGUUUUUCAUUUAGAGCCGCGUUGAGGUUUCGGCGGUGAGUUUUGUUUAUGCGAAGCAUCGGUGAUCGAUUUUUGUGAGAUUUAUAAUUCGAACUUCCCGUCAUUUCCACCGUCAUGAAGUGCAAUGACUCAUGUUAGCUUUUCUUUCUUCUUCACUAAGAAACAAAUAGCUUCUUUUCAAUCAAGGCAAAUUGUUGUGGUUUUAAAGUGUUCUGUGAGUGUAUUAAUUUUAUUACGUGACCGCGAUCGAGUUUAAUUAUUGAAUUAUGGCGCUGUACUCUGCUAUCAGUUUUUUCGGCGACAGAUUCGUUCAAAGAACUGCGUGCAGUUGACAGUUUGAACGUUAAACGUGAAUUAUGUUUUAAGAGUAAAGCAAUUCUGUACCAUAUAGACAUUUCCGGACGAUAUUUCUUUGUUUGCCAGUUGAAAAUCGUGUUUUAAUUUUUGUAUGAAUUAAGGUUUUCGGGUAGUGACGUGACUGCACAGCAUUAACGGCCGGUCGAUUCAGACGUUAAUGAGAGAAUAAACGACUCGAAGAAAUGUCUGAAAUUCAGGCUAGAAUCUCCGAUCAUAAUUCUCAGCUCGAUAUGUAAUUUUGUCCAUUUUAUUUUUAUUUAAAAAUACGAACCGGACAUUAUUUUUCUUCAUUUGCAGCUCAAUAAAAAUAUUUUGUAGCUAACGUAUGUGCGGCUUUAUGCCUUCACAGGGGCAAGUGCAUGCAUUCAGUUGAAAAAGUUUAACGAAGCCAGUGCGUGGUGUGAUAACGGAUUGGCAGUAUCCUUUACAGGAAUUGAUAAUUGAAAGUAAUAAAAUAUAUUUUGUGUAGGCCCAGGUGUGACCAGGUGUUUGUCUGAACACAUCAGUCGUCUACUUGCCAGUUGACGUGCACCGUUCCAAAGCGCAUCUCUCAUUGGCUAGUUAGUGAGAACAAUAGAACGUUUCGCAGAAAAUGACGUCACAUAUCCAAGUGUAGAGUGUACCGACUGAAUCUAAAGCACCAACUGCUUUUGACUGUACCGGCUCCAGUGUACCGAUUGUACUGAGUGUGUUCCGACUGUACUGCGUGUACAGGCUGCUACGAGACACUGAUUUUUGGCGAAAAUUUUCAAAUUAUGGGCCGUAAAAAACGUUUUUAACUGUAAAGCUGAUGAGGAGAAGGAUUUCCGACACACUGUGUACACUCGGCGGACUCGGUACAAUCGGUAAACGUUCGGUUCACUUGUAAAACAGGCAAGUAGAAUUUACGUUGGUGUGAAAAAGUAAAUAAACCAUACAUGACUUUAUUGGAGAUUUUUUUUUUACUGUUUUCGCUAGCUAGCCAAUCAAGAAACGUAUAACUUAAGAAAGGUAAGCCGUUUCUUUUUAUAAAAUAUAUAUGAAGGUUACCGAAACAAUCAUUUUUCUCCCAUACAAAUCCUUGUACUUCUCUGGUAUUUUCAAGAGGUUUCCAUUUUUGAAUAGAACAUUGUCAUGCUUUUCAUAACGUGAGCCCCUCUAGGGUGGAUAAUAUCGUCACCAUUUUGAUUUUGGGGGAUUGACCUUAUGCCACCGCUCGCACGUUUGUAGAGCUCUCUAAUAUAUAGUACUAUAAAUUAUUUGUUGAUUGCUGUACAGUACUCACUUUCCAGUUGCUUCAAUUCCAUCAUCAAUAGAACCUCAUGCAUGUGACUCAAAAUAAUGUCUUUCAAGUUUGUUUAAAGCUUUGUUUAGUUCUUUAUAUUAUUUAUUUAAUACUUUAACUAUUACAAGAUCGAACCGAAUAACCAAAAGCUGUUGGAAUUACGGAAAAGGGCUUUGGGAGAACUAAAGAAACUGCAAGAGAGCCACGGAGAGAAGGUAAAAAGAAAACAAUCAAACCCUAUUGUUUGUAGUUCGUUACAGAGAAAAUCUUGAAGAACUAAAGUUGUUGUACAAUACACGACGUUCAUAAUAGCCGACGCUGUGCCGGAAGCGAGGCCUCGACGCUCGAUUAAUCCAAAACAAAACAAGGUCAAAGAUUUCCACUGCUUUGUUCAGGGCACAAUUUCACCUCAAUUUAGGUCCUUUAAUGCCAAUUGUUUCGAGACAAAAAUGCUAACACACUGUUGUGUUCCUGGAUGUCCAAAGAAAGGCUACCGAAAUACGGAUGGGACAAAAAGGUCUUUCUUUAAAUUUUCCAUCGAUAACCCUCAAAUGAAGAAGAGAUAGCUACACGUGAUAAGAAGAGAUGAGGGAAAACACGUCCAGGUGACCCACCCAGUAUGCAAAGGUACGCUCUCUUCCGUUUCAGAGUGGGUGAUAUAGUAAAAACACUUGAAAGCUGGAGUGCCCUCUGUAUUUCCUUGGGUUCGAAACUCGCCACGUAAGAGAAAGGAGCCGACUGUAAAGAACAUGGAGAUACCACAAAAUUCCGAAAAUAAGCCCCUCGAUCUAUAAGCCCUUCCAAAUAUGAGCUCCCCCCCCCCCCCGGGGGGGUUGUACUUGGAAAUUGCUCUCAAAUGCAAAGUAAAACAAAGCUAAAAUGGUAAAUUUCCUUCCAACUAUAAGGCUAGCCUAAUCGAUUUUGAAACGCAAAUAUAAUUUCCCUCCGUAGAUAAGCCCCUCCAAAAAAAAAGCCCCUCAAGAAAGGCCUUUGAAAAAUAGAAGCCCCGGGGCUUAUUUUCGGAAUUCUACGGUAUUAAUUUACUUAAGCUAUGCUUUUAGCACAAAUGUGCAAUUAGACAUAUAUAUUUGCGGGUAACGAGAAGCUAAUUUAAAUUUGAUGUGGUAGAAAUCUGCUGGAUUAAUAAUAUCUAUGCUAUAAAUAUUAACUGCCUUCAAACAUCAGAACAACCUAAUGAUAUUUUAAAAUCUUAAAGCAUUCCGCCAUGGAGAGCAGUGCAAACAUAGCUGCAAAAGAAGGUGAUGUCAUGUCAUCUGCUGAGGAAACACUUCAAUUUGAUGAUGAGAAUUUAAGAGGUGAGAAAUUAAAACAAUAUUUAGUUUCUUAAUAAUAAGAUAUCAGCGACGAAGAAAACGUCAUUGGUAUCCAACCUAGUAUAAACCUUUAUACCCCUGUCAGGUGUAAGUAUUCUUAUCAGUCAAACCCUUGACUCAACGCAGUUGUAUCUAACUUAAAUUGCAGUGUUCUAAUUUGGUUCAUUGUAGCAGUUAUAGAAAUUUAAAACAGCAAUUAAGGUAAGAAGUUUCAAAAGUUUGGAAUGCUUUGUUGUAGCAAUUGCAGAGGUUUAUAAGAAUGAGGGUAACAAUGAAUACAGCAAGAAGAAUUUCAACAGCGCCAUUCACCACUACACUGAAGGAAUUAAAGUGAACUGCAAAGAUAAAGAUCUUAACGCCAAACUGCAUAGCAACAGGGCGGCAGCACAUUUUAAUUUGGGUAAGAGUUGUUAUAUAUUAGCUUUAAAAAAUCUCACUUUUUGGUUUAUUGAACUGGUUAGCAUCAUUAAAUCAGUACUUUCGAAGUAGUUAGUAGUUGUUAAGUAAACGUGUAGGCUAAUUGUUUCCUCUCCCCUUGCUCUGUUAAACCUAUCUGAGCUUUUACUUAGUGUGUUCUGUAUUUUGUUUUUAUAGGCAAUUACUCAGAAACACUGAGUGAUGCAAACGUUGCCAUUGAAUUACAACCACGUUUUCAAAAAGCUUUUGUAAGGGGUAAGAGUUAAAGUUUUGUGUACUGAACCCAUGUGGGCUGGCCUUUAUAACAUUUGUACGCUGUGAUGUAGUCUGCUUUUAAACAUAUCUAAGAAUAAUGAAUAUAUUUAAGCGAGUUGCUUGUGUAAUUUAAGCAUCACUUUAUGGUGAUUUUUCCGAUGCACAAAGACGGAUUUAAGAAUUUCCUGCUUGUCGAUUGCAUGCUUCGCUUCCGCCGAAUUAACCCAACCCCUCUUGCCCCCUCCCCCCUAAAAUAUACUAGGCAUCACUUACUCCUUCCCCACCCUUAGCCUCUCUGUGAAAGUCCAAGCUCAGUGGUAGUCGCCGUAUUAGUGUAUUAUCUUUUUGAACCUCAUUUCUAUCUUUGACCACAUUCUGGAAACACUCUAUGUCUAUGCCAUGCAAGUUUCCAGCCUCUAAUAUAUUGACUAAGAUAUUGAGUAGUUUAUAGCGUCUUAAAUACCUUUUUCGGUUGCUUUCUUUUCUUCCUCUGCGCGCUUCCUCUUUUUAGAUUUAUUCUUGAUGCUUCGUGGGACACCGACAAUAUUAACCUUGUGUAUUUUUUUUUCCAUGAAUGAAGUCGUUCUUAUUUAGACUUACUCCUUUUAUGUUUCGCCCAAAUAAUUUUAAGAGAUUUUCUCUUUUAGAUCUUAUAGGCCCAGGAAUUUUACCAUUGUUAGUUUUUUUCGAUUGCCACAACAAAUUUCCUCCUUACUUUUUCAGUCCUAUUCAGUUCGCAUACUAAGAGACAAUUUCGGUUUCACCUGAUCCUAUCAACAUUGAACAGUUUUGGACACUGUACCGUCCUUAUAAGUACAUCUUACACAUAUAUUUAUGUCAGCUGUCUUCUCCCCUGUUGUUCUUAAGACUGUUUAUGAUAAGAAUGCCGCCUUUUUUUACGCCUUUCAGCUAUUGUUUUUUAAUGCCCGAUUUCUGGCAGGAUCAAAUUAAACUUGUAAAAGUCCAUUUUUGUUGGCUUAAUUAUCGGCCUAUUUUUUGAGCAAUUUUGUCCAUCUCUGCUAUCACUAAUGCUAUGUUCAAACUAUGCUGGAUUGCUUUUGCGCCGCUACAAAACUCAUUCGGAUAGGGCUUCUGUUCAUACACAAAAAUUGUAAGGCCGCGUGAUUUAUGUGACGAAGCGAAGCUGCGCCGCGCCGAUCUCUAAAGUAUAGAGUCACAUAUCGGAUAAAUGUUGACACUAUACCGGGUGGCUUUUCGUGGCGCCAGGAAAAGCCAUCCGAUAUAGUGUGAACAUGGUGUAAAUAACACCCUUUAACUCAGAGAUCUCUUGCUAAUAUUUUUAUAGUUGAAUUCUUUUUAGGGCAGAAAUAAGAUUCAUCCUUCAAAUCUGUUGGAUAACUUCAGUAUCUGAUUUUAAUUCAUUUAAUUUUAAUGUAAAAACUACGAAUCAGUAUUUUCCUUCAUCUGCAGCUCAUGAAAAAUGUUUUGUUGGUGACGUCUGUGUUUUAUGCCUUUGCAGGUGCAAGUGCCUGCAUUCAGUUGAAAAAGUUUGACGAAGCUAGUGCGUGGUGUGAUAAGGGAUUAAGAGUAUCCUUUACAGGAAUUGAUAAUUGAAAGUAAAUCACUAAUACAUUUUUCCAGCGUUGAAAAUAUAUUUUGCGUAGGCCUAAGUGUGACCAGUUGUUUGUCUAAACACAUCAGUUGUCUGCUUGUCGGUUGACUUGCACCGUUUUAAAGUGGCUCUCUAAUUGGCUUGUUACAGAGAACAAUAGAACAUUUAGCAGGAAAUGAUGUCAUAUUUAGGAGUGUACCGUCUGUACCGAGUGUAGUGAGUGCGUACAGGCUGUAUUGCGGGUACAGGUUGCUAUCAGACACUUUGACAUGAUUUUCGGCGACUUUUUUCGGAUCAUAGGCCGUAAAAAACUUUUUUUUUUACUGUGAAGCUGAUGAGGAGAGGGAAUUCUUGUGUACUCUGUGUACACUUGGCGGACUCGGUACAAUCGGAAAACGUUGGGUUCACUAUUAAAACAAGCAAGUAGAAUUUUAAGCUAGUGUGAAAAAGUGAAUGACACAUACAUGACUUUAUUUAAUGAGAAUUGUUUUUACUGUUCUUGGUAUCUAACCAAUCAAGAAACCUAUAACUUGAGAAAGGUAAGCCGUUUCUUUUUCUUGAAUAUAUAUGUUGGUUACCGAAACAAUCGUUUUUUUCCCAUACAAAUCCUUAUACUUCUCUGAUAUUUCCAAGAGGUUACGCAACAGUGCCAACGCUAAUAGUUUGAGCUUGGCCUGCCUGUGCUAGAACAAAAGUUUUAGUGUGAAUCAUUCCCCUAACUAUUAAGCGCUUAAAGAGAUUAGCUGUUUUAUUUUUCAGACAAGUUCAUUCGCAGUCCUUUUUUUGAAAUCGAAAAUCUAAAUAUAAUGCAUGACAUUGUUCUAUCUAUUUUUAAACCCUCUUUCAUCUGUUGCUAAAUUUCAUCAUUUCAGGAACCUUUUUUUCCAUUUUUGAAUAGAACCUUGUCAUGAUUUUUGAUAACGGUAGGGGGUGGAUAUUAUCGUCAUUUUUUUUAAUUUGGGGGGAUCGACCUCAUGCCACCGCCUCGCACCUUUCUAGAGCUCUCUAGUAUAUAGUACUAUAAAUUAUCUGUUGGUUUCUGUACAGUACUCACUAUCCAGUUGCUUCAAUUCCAUGACCAACGGAACGACAUGCAUGUGACACAAGAUAAUUUGUGUUAAGUUUGUUUAAAGCUUUGUUAAGUUCUUUAUAUCAUUUAUUUUAUACUUUAACUAUUACAAGAUAGAGCCGAAUAACCAGAAGUUGUUGGAAUUACGGAGAUGGGCUUUGGGAGAACGAAAGAAACUGCAAGAGAGCCACGGAGGGAAGGUAAAAAAAAAUAAUAAUCUCUCCUGUUGUGUGUGGUUCGUUAGAGAGGAAAUCUUAAAGAACUGAAAUUGUUGUACAAUAGGCAGUAGUGUAGCUAACUUUACGCUGCUAAGCACGUGCGUAACUGACAUAUCGAAGAUAAAUAAGAACGAAACAAAAUAGAAUAAAGCAAAGGUAGUGCAAAUUAGGCAAUUAAGAGAUAGAAUGGUGGAACUCUCAUUGCUUGUCUGAUCACAGACACAGAUAUGUCGCUAAUGGAAUUGUGUUCCGGAAGGUUGAAAAGUUAAGCAAUGGAGAAUCAUCUAUAAUGAAAUAGGCGAUACUGGCGGAGUGGAAGUGCUCCCCGAACCUUUUUCCGAAUCUGCGACCUGACUGCCUGCAAUGUACAUAGUGUGGGGGUGUGUUCAAGCAACUCGCUCGCUACACGAUGAGGUACCAGGAAUCUGAUUUACAUCUUGGCCUUUAUUCUUCCUAAUCUUCUUAUAACUUCUACUUACUCUACUUCUCCUACAGUCUUCUCUACUUCUGCUACCCCCCAGUUCAAGUAUAGUAGCGGUUUUAAUAGCCAAGGCUGGACAUGUUUGGGUUAGCAGACCGGAAGAGUUUCUAUUGUAUAUCUUAUCGUUAACACUGCAACAGGUUUGCUGUUGUUAGGGAACAGAUUAGCCUACGCACAGCCGCCACUGACAAGUACCAAAUAACGAAGGUCAGCUCUAACACCACAAACACGACUACCUGUAAAAAACUAACAUCUGAAAAUGCCAAGCGAAUAACAUUCCUAAUGUGGCAAUAAGUAAAUUCACGAGCAAAGCAUAAAUUCAAGUACAAGUAAAAACAAAAGAUCAAAAAAAGGAAAACAGUAUACGUGGACAAAGAAACAAGACUUAAUAAAACAAAAACUAAACUUAAAAGAUAAGAUAGAUCCGUCUUAAAAUUAACUUUAAAAAUACUUCACAACAUUCCUUCCCCUUAGAAAAAGCGUCGUCCUCGAUGCAAAAAGACGUAAUACAUAUAAAUGGGAAAUAAAUACGUUAAAUAUCAAGAAAACAAAACUACCACACUACACAAUAUUUAAUAUAUAGAUUUAACCACGGCUAAAAGGGAAGCUCCCAUUAAUAAAUUUAUAACUUAAAUCAAACAAUAAUUUUGUAUUCCACAAAUCACUUAACGUAAGGGCACAUUCAUAUGACUUUUGAGGGAAAAGCUAAGUGAUUUUGGAGUGAAACAGAUCUUGUAUCGAGUUGAUAUAGCCUUAUAUGUACACCCCAAAAAUAGUCUUCGGUCACAUUUAAGAGCAAUAAUGGCUCUUGAUCAGAGUAGAUAAGGCGUGGAAAACAAAUUCUUGGAAAACAAACCAGGCAGAAUUUUUUGCGUUCGACGUCGACAAGUUUACAAAUUCUUGCCAAUCAGAAUCUGGUUGCCUGCAAACCAAUCUUUUAUUCUUUUUUUAUACACCACUUCU